UUUAUCAUUCCCUUCUUUACUCUCUCUCUCUCUCUCUCUCUCUCUCUCUCUCCCUUGUUUUUCCUUGGAUAUUGGAGGAGGCAUAUAUUUUUUUGUACAGUGUUUCUGAUAAAAGUUGUAAAUUUUUUUUUUUCUUUGUAUAUAAAGGGUUUGAGUGAUUCUUAAGAUCUUUCUACUUCUGAGGUUGUGGGUAAUCUUUAUUUUCUGCUUUUUAGAAGAGAAAAAAUUUAGUGGGGAUAAACAAAAUUCGGGAAGAAGAUGGAUGAUGAAUAUGCUAAGCUCAUCAGGAGGAUGAACCCCCCAAGAGUUGUGAUUGACAAUGAUGCUUGUGGGGAUGCCACUGUUAUCCAGGUUGACAGUGUCAACAAACAUGGUAUUCUUUUGGAAGUUGUUCAAGUGCUCACAGAUGUGAACCUAGUAAUCAAGAAAGCAUAUAUAUCAUCCGACGGUGGCUGGUUCAUGGAUGUCUUUAACGUGAUCGACCAAGAUGGGAACAAAAUCAGAGAUAAGGAAUUAUUAAAUUAUAUCCAAAGAAGACUUGAAAGUAAUGCCAGCUUUGUACCCUCGAUGAGAGACUCUGUUGGCGUGAUGCCCUCAGAAGAGCACACCUCAAUUGAACUAUCUGGUACUGACAGGCCCGGUUUAUUAUCUGAAGUAUGUGCAGUUCUUGCGGACCUUCAUUGUAACGUUGUAAAUGCUGAGAUAUGGACACACAAUGCAAGAGCUGCAGCUGUAGUGCAUGUGACAGAUGAUUCCACUGGAUGUGCCAUCAAAGAUCCAAAACAACUCUCAAUUAUCAAGGAGUUGCUUUGCACUGUCCUCAAAGGAAAUAACGAUCCAAAAGAAGCAAAAAUGACAGUUUCACCACCCGGAGUUACAAAUAGGGAUAGAAGAUUGCAUCAGAUAAUGUUUGCAGAUAGGGAUUAUGAGAGGGUAGGAAGAGCCGAUAUUGGGAGAAUUGAGGCUAAGGGCUCAAGACCCUAUGUAACUAUAUUAGAUUGCAUUCAGAAAGAUUACACUGUGAUUACUAUGAGAUCAAAGGAUCGACCUAAGCUGUUGUUUGACAUCAUUUGCACUUUAACAGAUAUGCAGUAUGUUGUCUUUCAUGGAAUGGUCAACACAGGGAGGAUGGAAGCUUAUCAGGAAUUCUAUAUUCGACAUGUUGAUGGGCUGCCUGUAAGCUCGGAAGCUGAGCGAGAACGUGUUAUACAGUGUCUUGAAGCAGCCAUUGAAAGGCGGGCAUCUGAGGGACUAGAACUUCAGUUGUGUACAGAUGAUCGAAUUGGACUUCUCUCUGAUAUUACGAGGAUAUUUCGGGAGAAUAGUCUGUGUAUCAAAAGAGCAGAAAUUUCUACGAAAGGUGGAAAAGCUAAGGACACUUUCUAUGUCACAGAUGUGACUGGAAACCCAGUUGACCCCAAGAUUAUCGAUUCAGUUCGACGACAAAUUGGCCAGAGUGCACUUCAGGUGAAAUAUGACUCAAGUCUUGCACCAAAACCACCUCAAGAGACAACAAUGGGAUUCCUCUUUGGGGGCUUCUUUAAAGCUCGAACUUUCCAAAAUUUCAAACUGAUCAGAUCCUAUUCUUAAUCCUAUUUACUACUCAGAAGUGAAAAGUCUGUACAUAAAUAUUAGAUGUUCCAAGUAAAUAAAAAAGGUAAAAGAAAACAUACACGAACAUAGACACACUGUAAAUAGGUAUCCACUACCCUCCACUGCUCUGAGGGUUCAGUGUUAUGCUUGCUGAUACUGUAUAGAAGAAAACCCAUAAGCCACUUUAGACUGUAAAAGUUACUGGUGUUGGGUUUGUGUAUCUUUGAGUUCUGCAGCAAUAUUGUACCGUAUGAUGUAUGUAAUGGGUUGUACAGAAGAUAGAAGAUUGUGUAGAUAAUUGUCUUAAUGAAAAUUAGUGUACUGUUUUCCUUCUA